CCCCAGAUGCUCACACACCUAAAGAAUCCUCCACCUUGCAGGACUGACCACUCAGUCCAGACAAGGCUGUGACCCUCCAGCUGUAGACAGGAGUUGAUUAGCUCCUUGGUGUAGACCAUGCUGCUCAGACAAGCACCUCAGAUGGGAGGAUCUUAGGAGACUCACUGUGUCCCAUGUCUCAUAUGCUCUCAGAGGUCCUGGUCCAGGCUCCCGUGGUGGAGGGAAGAGUGGAGAUGGGGGGCAGGAUACAGGGUCUGUUCUUGGUCUCUCCUCCCUGGGUGGGUCUCCAGGGUCUUGGACUGGGAGUGCGGGGGUCACAGGCUCUAUGCAGAGAGGGGGUGAGCUCCGCAGCGGCAGUUCCCCUUUUGUGAAAUCGUGAGACCUCAUGCUCCUCCCCAGCUUCCCGUGGGUCCUCCUCAGCUUCCCUCCCUCUGCCUUCCCUUCUCCUUCACCCACAGGAAGCCCAGACACCCUCUGUCUCUAGAUGCUGCUGCCACCGCUGCUGCUGCUCCUGCUAUGGGCAGGUGAGUGGGCUGAGGGGAGAGGGAAGCUGGGGACUGCCGCUGACCCUGCCUUCUCCACAGGGUCCCAGGCUCAGGAUGAGAGAUACUGGCUGCAAGUGCAGGAGUCACUGACAGUGCAGGAGGGCCUGUGUGUAUACGUGCCUUGCAAAUUCUCCAACCCCAUGAGCUACUUGACUAGCCCUGUUCAUGGCUACUGGUUCCGGGAAAGGGCCCACAUAUAUUUGGAUGCUCCAGUGGCCACAAACAACCCAGAUCGAAAAGUACAGAAGGAGACCCAGGGCCGAUUCCGCCUCCUUGGAGACCCUCGGGACCGCGACUGCUCCCUGGACAUCAGAGAUGCACAGAGAAGGGACUCAGGGACGUACGUCUUUAGGGUGGAGACAGGGAUUAAUAUAAGAUAUAGUUACAGACAGAAUCAGCUCUCUGUGCAUGUGACAGCCCUCACCCACACACCUGACAUCCUCAUCCCUGAGACCUUGGAGUGUGGACACCCCAGGAACCUGACCUGCUCUGUGCCCUGGGCCUGUGAGCGGGGCACGCCCCCCAUCUUCUCCUGGAUGUCAGCGGCCCUCACCUCCCUGGGCCCCAGGACCCACCUCUCCUCAGUGCUCACCCUCACCCCACGGCCCCAGGACCAUGGUACCAACCUCACCUGUCAGGUGAAGUUCCCUGCAGCUGGUGUGAUGGUGGAAAGGACCAUCCAGCUCAAUGUCACCUGUGCCACACAGAACUCGACAGCUGAUGUCUGCCUAGUGGAUGACAAAGGGAACCUGGAAACCAGGGCAGGAGUGAUUAAAGGUGCCAUUUGGGGAGCUGGUGUCACCACGCUGCUUGCUCUCUGCCUCUGCCUCAUCUUCUUUGGAGUGAAGACCUGUAGGAAGACAGCAUCCUGGAGAGCAGCGGGCGUGGACGACAUCCACUCAGUUGUAGGGCCAGCUCCCCUGGGUUACCAGCAGGAGUCUGAGCCAGAACUCCCUGCUGAGCCCACAAGCUCUGCAGGGGUGCCCCCCACCUUGGAAAUGGAGGAGGAGCUGCAUUAUGCCUCCAUCAGCUUUCACAAGAUGAAGGAGAACACCUGCACAGAAUAUUCAGAGGUCAAUACAAAGUGACGAACCACCUGGAGCAAACAGCCUCAGAGGGAGCGUCCAUAUCCUCUAGGAAGGGGGAGCCAAAGGCUGGUUCUUGGAGACUUAACAUCCCCAUAGGCAAUGGACUUAUAAACUACUAUAUGUGAGUUUCUUGCUGUAUUGGAACUAAGGCUUUGCAAUCAGAGAGGCCUGGCAUGGAUUCAAGGCUCUUUCAUUUAUUAGCACUAUGAUGUCAGGCAAGCCACCUUACUCCUCCAUGUCUCGGUUUUCUGCUUUACAAAAUGGAUGUAAGGGCUUCCAUGAGGAUUAAAGUGCAUAUGGAAAACACACAGCACAAAUCCUGCUGCGUUGUGAGACUUUGGUGCACAUUGGUUCUUUCCCCCUUGGACAGAAAGGUGUCAGUGACAUUUCACUUAGAGGCUGGAUAUGUUCUGUCCCGGACACCACAUCAGCAAUGAGUCAGCCUCACUCUGUAUUCGAAACCCUCCCAUGUGGCAAUCAUUUUGCAAUGUACACAUAUAUCAAAUCAUUACAUUGUACACUUUAAAUUUACACAAUGUAGGGGCACCUGGGUGGCUCAGUCGGUUAAGCGUCUGACUUCGGCUCAGGUCAUGAUCUCACAGAUCAUGAAUUUGAGCCCCACAUCGGGCUCUGUGCUGACAGCUCAGAGCCUGGAGCCUGUUUCGGAUCGGGACUGUUUCGGAUUGUGUGUGUGUGUAUGUGUGUGUGUGUGUGUGUGUGUGUGUGUGUGUGUGUCUGCCCCUCCAUGGCUUGCACUGUCUCUCUCAAAAAUAAGUAAACAUUAAAAAAAUAAAUAAAUAAAAUUACACAAUGUUGUGUGUCAAUUAUAUCUUAAUAAAGCUGGAAAAAAUAAACUCUAUAUGCAUACAUAGUACUUAAUGGUAAAUAUUA